UUUCUCUCUAUCUGCGGGAAACAAUUCAAAACGCGCUGUAUUUCUUUAUUCACUGAUUCUCUCCAUCUUUCUCUCUGAAUUCGCCUCUGAAGAUUCAGAUUUUCUACAGUGACAAUGCCAGACAUUCAGUUGGGUUCUCACACCCUAAGAUCCCAUGGAGCAAAAGUUGCAAGGGUUCACAUGCAUGACUGGUUGAUUCUUUUGCUUCUUAUUGUGGUAGAGGUCAUUUUGAAUGUUAUAGAACCAUUUCACCGUUUUGUUGGAGAGGAUAUGAUGACAGACCUGAAAUACCCCUUGAAAGGCAAUACCAUUCCCUUCUGGGGUGUUCCUAUGAUUGCAAUAAUGCUGCCCUUUUGUGUCAUUCUUGUCUACUACUUCAUCAGAAAGGAUGUCUUUGAUCUGCAUCAAGCCAUAUUGGGUCUUCUGUUUUCUGUACUUAUCACUGCUGUGAUAACUGAUGCUAUUAAAGAUGCUGUUGGUCGACCUCGUCCUGACUUCUUCUGGCGUUGUUUCCCUGAUGGCAAAGGGGUCUAUGAUCCAGUGACAGGGGAUGUUAGAUGUACUGGAUUGAAGAGUGUCAUUAAGGAAGGACAUAAGAGUUUCCCAAGUGGUCAUACUUCUUGGUCCUUUGCAGGUCUUGGUUUUCUUGCAUUGUACAUAUCUGGAAAAAUUUGUGUAUUUGAUCGCAAGGGCCAUGUUGCAAAGCUUUGUAUUGUUUUCUUGCCGUUACUUGUUGCUGCUUUGGUUGGAAUUUCCCGAGUUGAUGAUUAUUGGCAUCACUGGCAGGAUGUUUUUGCUGGAGGUCUCCUAGGUAUAACAGUUGCAUCAUUUUGCUACUUGCAGUUCUUUCCACCACCUUAUGAUGUUGAUGGUUGGGGACCACAUGCAUAUUUUCAGAUGCUGGCAGAGUCUCAAAGUAACAGUCAGUCAAACAAUGCCAGUAGUCUAAGAGCAGAUCAAACAGAACUUGAGAGUGUGUUUGUUGAUUCUCAUAAUGGCAUAGGAAGUGGAAGGGGAUACCGACUCUAGAUCUAGCAGUAGAGACGAAUAGACAUAAUCAACAGAUAUCCAUAACUCAUCAUAUUUCCAUAUGAAGGACUCUCUUUGCACAGGUAGAUAUCUUGUUUCAUUUCAGACAAAUCAAACUGGAACAUUUAUUUCUGUUGUUGUAUUCAUUAAUUCAUUUCUACAUUUUGCUCGGCUGCAUCCUGUGAUUAACCUUGACGUUACUUUUUGUGAAAUGAAGAUGAAAAAUCACAUCCUUAUUCCCUCUUUCUUCCUAGUUUGUUAAUCAAAUUGGAUUAUUUUUUUAGUUUGACUAAGAAGUAUACAAUCCUUUAACCAAACAUGAUAUUAGAGUGCUUAACUUCGGAUGUGAAAUGUUACUUCUAUUGCAAUUUGGUCUUUUGCUUAAUUGUCUACACUUCCAGAUCUAACGGUUGGAGCUUUUAUGUAAGCCUUCAUUGUUCUGGCAAGAACAAUCACAUCAUUAAAAAAAGUAUUUAGCAACACUGUUAUCAAUAUGGCCACUUCUUGCAGGACCCGCUAGGCAUCUGGUUGUCGAUUUUGAUAGAAGGUUCUGCUUUUGUUAUUUUCCUUCUGUUUUCUUUUCCUU